AGCAUUUUACUUGGUUACCAAAGGUUGCUCUGUCUACUGGGAUCUUAUCCAUUGAGUAAGGAGCAGCCAGAAGCUUCUUCUCUUCUUUGUGGAUAACUUUUUUUUCCCCUUCUCCCUGAAUCAUGACUCUGGAAGAAAUCCACAGCCAGGAGAUGGUUACCGAAAGCACCAAUAGGAUGCAGAGUGCCGGGAAAGCAUUGAACGAACUGCUGCUGUCCGCCCAACGCCAAGGCUGCCUUACCGCAGGCGUGUAUGAGUCUGCUAAAGUCAUGAACGUCGAUCCAGAUAAUGUGACUUUUUGUGUCCUGGGUGCAGACGAGGAAGAUGAAGGUGACAUUGCUCUGCAAAUUCACUUCACUCUCAUCCAGGCUUUCUGUUGUGAAAACGACAUCGAUAUUGUUCGAGUCAACAAUAUCCAGAAGCUGGCAGAGAUUGUAGGUGCUAAUGAGGAUUCUGGGGAGCCCCAGGACUUACACUGCAUCUUAAUCACAAAUCCCAAUGAGAGUUCCUGGAAAGAUCCAGCUUUGGAAAAACUAAGCUUGUUCUGUGAGGAGAGCCGAAAUAUAAAUGACUGGGUACCCACUAUCACUCUGCCUGAAUGAGUAUGAUAGCCAAAGGCACUGGGAGGAGCCUUAAAACCUUUGUUGUCUUAUCAACUUGGUGCUACACGCCUGGGCUAACCAACCAACCCGUGGCUGAUUCUGUAGAUUAGCAUGGAGGAGAAAUCCAGAAUUGAGCUGCUUGGAAUGGUGUACAGUGGGCUGUUGCCAACAGAAGAGAGGAGAGUGAACAUACUGUGUACGUGAUUGGUUAGUGCCCGCCAGUAAGCCUUUGUGGUGCUUCAGCACUGGAGUGGAUGGCUUACCUUGGAGCUAAAAGAAUAUUGGAAGUUUAUAAAUCAGAUAAAACUGUCUUGAUAAGGAGAACAGGUUGAGGAAAGGGAAAAAAAUAGCUACUAGAAGUUGAAACUGAGCUGUUCAGCAAAAGAAGGGAAACACUAGCUGGGUCAUGGACCCUUGGACUUAACUAAAAAUUACAAGUGAACAAUCUUAUUUACCAGGGACUUCUGAAUUUUUCCAAAAUUGGUUAUUGCAUUAAUCCUAAAAGAAGUGGUGCUUUUGAUGAAGCAAUGAUGGAAGUUUGCAAUAAUAAACUUAUUGAAAAUGAAGUAUCCUAUUUGCUUGUUUUGCUUUGGGGAGGUAAAACAAUUCCAAAAGCAUUACUCAACAUAAGCCACUAAGAGAUUUCAGUUCUAUCUAGGCAGCGUGCUUGUUUGAAUCUUUACAUUUUGUGACUUACUAUGGCAACUCAAGCAAACUGUUCCAGAGAGGAACAAGGCUCAUUUCAUACUUUUCCCUUUAAGAGAUCCAAAUAUUACAAGGUAGUAGCUAACUGAAGAUAAAGCAAAUGUUUUCUAUUUAAUUUGAUAAUCUGACCUUUUGCCUUCUCUCCUCUCUUCUAUUCUUUGCUACAACUGGUUAUCACAAUGUCUGGCACUGCAUACUUAAUAAGCUCUGCUUUUGUGGUAGGUGGCCUUUGUAUGCUCCUCGAGCGAUCUGACAGACUAUUCCCUAAGGAAAUAUUUGUGUCAUAAAGCAUUGAUGUAUUAAGCACAUCCAGCAAUAAUUGCAAAGGCAGGUAUAUUAAAUAUUACAGUUGAUAUC